GCUUCCCGAUCCCCGCAGCAGAUGACGCCUGCGUCUAAUCUUCUUGCUAUGUUUUUUCUUAAUAAAGACAAAAAAGGAAGGCGGAUUGGGCAAGCUUCUAAAAGGAGACCAAUACCGAAGCAAGCUUCGAAGGAGAGGCAGCACCAGUGUUUCGUGAUUUAAUCACUCUCCAUAAUUCUGAAGAGAGUAUGCAGCCAACUUCACAUGUCAACCGGCGGCUCGCGAUAAUCUCCGCUCAUUUUCUCCCUUCCGAUCUCCAGAUGGAGGGGGACACUUCUUCGAAUUUGAGUCGGGCGAAUUGCCGAGCGACAGGUGGAGCACCGGGGUUCAAAGUGGCAAUUCUGGGAGCUGCAGGAGGCAUUGGUCAACCUCUGGCCCUGUUGAUGAAGAUGAACCCAUUGGUUUCUGCUCUCCAUCUCUAUGAUGUCGUCAAUACUCCCGGCGUCACUACUGAUAUUAGUCACAUGGACACUGGCGCCGUGGUGCGAGGGUUUUUGGGGCAGAAGCAGCUGGAGGAUGCCCUUAUAGGCAUGGACUUGGUAAUCAUUCCGGCCGGUGUCCCUCGCAAACCUGGGAUGACAAGAGAUGAUCUCUUCAAUAUAAAUGCUGGAAUUGUUAAAACUCUGUGUGAAGCAAUUGCUAAGUUUUGUCCAAAGGCGAUCGUCAACUUGAUAAGUAAUCCUGUUAACUCCACCGUUCCAAUUGCAGCCGAGGUUUUCAAAAGAGCGGGUAUUUAUGAUCCCAAGAGACUCAUGGGCGUGACGAUGCUUGACGUUGUUAGAGCCAAUACAUUUGUAGCUGAAGUCUUGGGUCUUGAUCCGAGGGAUGUAGAUGUCCCAGUUGUUGGGGGACAUGCAGGGGUCACAAUUUUACCUCUUCUUUCUCAGGUGAAACCCGUUUGCUCUUUCACCCAAAAUGAAAUUGACUACUUGACUGAUCGUAUACAAAACGGCGGAACAGAAGUUGUGGAGGCUAAAGCUGGAGCUGGCUCUGCAACGCUAUCAAUGGCAUAUGCUGCUGCUAAAUUCGCAGACGCAUGUCUUCGUGGCAUGAGAGGAGAAGCUGGCAUCAUUCAAUGUGCAUUUGUUGAUUCACAGGUAACUGAACUCCCAUUCUUCGCAUCAAGAGUGAGACUGGGCCGUGGAGGAAUCGAGGAAAUCUUAUCCCUGGGUCCCUUGAACGAGUAUGAAAGGGAGGGUCUGGAAAAGGCGAAGAAAGAGUUGGGGGCGAGCAUUGAGAAGGGAAUAUUGUUUAUCAGGAAAUGAUGAGCUGAUGAAUCCGUUUUUUAUUCCGUAAAAUCGUGUCUUACUCUUUUUCUUAUCAAAGCUAUAUUCAAUUGACUGGAGCUGUUUUAAAUUACUCAAUUAUAGUUACAGAAUGUCGCCUAGUUUUACUGAUUACCUCAUAUGCUUAAUUUUCAAAACAAACAAAGAUGUCAAGGAAUAAUAAUUCUGGUUUGGUUCUUAUA